AUGAGUGAUCCCAGUAGUGAAGAAGCUUGGGAGCGACUUCUGGUUGAGAGCCUCUUGAAACUGUCGGGCGAGCACAGCGUGACACACCAUGAACCGCUUCAGCCAGUAGUGAUGCAGCCCGUCAAGCCCCGGACUUUUCCUACGGACGGCCUCAGCUACGUCAUCCGGCGUUAUGAUGACGGGGUCCAUGGGCGAAUACCCGCACACUGA